CUCAAGAAUGCCAAGAGCUAUGAGGAGUAUGAGAAAGCGGCGCUUGCAUUGGAUUAUCUUGAAGGGCGAUAUCUUUGGAAGGCGGAUGCAGUCUCGCCGCACUACGACAGUGAGCUUGUACAGGUGCGCCUAGAUGAAUUGAGGCUCGCGCGGUCUUCCAAUAACUUUGAGCGGGUCUUGUUUCUAUUGCGUACAACGCUCUCUCGACAGCUUGGUGAUAUGGGCAACCCAAAGCUGUAUGCCUACACCCAUACCGGUACAAAAUUUCUGAUCGAGGAGUAUAUCGAGGAAGUGCGGGGAUGCUUCUACUAUCUCAUGGAACAAGUCAAACUCAGGCCAGAUAUUGACACGCGUAGUGUGUUGAAUGCACUCUUGAAGACUCGACAGUCCUUUGGCCGGACAGCCUUGUUACUGAGUGGUGGCGGGACGCUCGGUAUGAUGCACAUCGGGGUCGUCACAUGUUUAUGGGAAUCACGACUCUUGCCGCGUAUCAUUAGUGGGAGUAGUGCUGGCGCUAUUGUGGCAGCCAUUGUCUGCACGCACACAGAUGCAGAGAUUCCCGGCCUGCUCACCAAAUUUCCCUUUGGUGCGCUCGACGUCUUCCAAGAUGGCAAAACACCUGAGACGCCACUUUUACGCCUGGGUAGAUUUCUGAAGCAUGGUGUCUUUAUGGACAUUGGCUACCUUCGUGGUGUCAUGGCUGAAUGGAUGGGUGACAUGACAUUCGGCGAGGCCUUCAACAAGACUCGGCGCAUCCUUAACAUUACCGUGUCCAGUUCUUCAGUUUAUGAGAUGCCAAGGCUACUGAACCACAUUACUGCUCCAAAUGUCAUUAUUUGGUCUGCUGUUGCUGCAUCAUGCAGUGUUCCUCUUGUCUUUGCAGGAUCGCCCUUGCUGGCCAAGGAUUUUCUGACUGGUGAACCUGUCGUUUGGGAUGAAGGAUCAAACAAGUGUAUUGACGGGUCUAUUGAAGGCGACUUACCAACCACGCGACUCAGUGAGCUUUUCAACGUCGACCACUUUAUCGUCAGUCAAGUCAAUCCGCAUGUGACAAUCUUUCUGCCGAAAGCGACACACGACUUGCAAUCAGCGCAUUGGCUGCCGCGGAUGGUGGUCGACGAGGUAUUGCACUACACAGAUGUUCUCAUGGCUCUUGGCGUUGCGCCAUCUUUUGCACAACGACUGGCAGGUAUCUUGAAGCAGCGCUAUAUUGGCGACAUUACCAUUCUCCCUCAAAAGCCGCUCUUGGCUGGUCUUUACCGUCUUCUUACAAAUCCAGACCCAGAGUUUAUGCUUGAUGCAUCGGCGCGCGGUCAAUAUGCCACCUGGGAGCAGCUUCCUAUCAUUCGCAACCAUCUCCAGAUUGAAAUGACCAUUGACAAUACGCUUCACGCGCUACGACUUGCGCUUGUC